UGGAUGACGCGAUAACUGUGCGCCGCUGCCGCCUGAGAGAACGAGCGCGGAGAAGCGAAGGCACCGCUGAGGUCGGGCAGGAAAGGCGGCGGAGCGGGAAACGCGCCUGGAUCCCAGUUUGAGGCCCGGACGGGGAUUGUACAAGGCGCCUUUGGGGCUCACCUUUACUCGUUUUUGUGGGAGUUAGUUGCGUGUUGGUCGCCGCGGUUGGAAGCCAGCUUCAAACUGCAAUAAAUGGCUUUGGACACCUGUGAGCUGAUGUAGUUCCAGAAAUGCCAAGGCUGACUGCAUAACUCAUUGCCAGGACAUCAGAUUCCUUAAGGCAGAUGGUCUAAAUUUGCUGUAGUGACCUGAACUUGUGGUCAUCACUUAGCUGGAGACGUGACCGCCGCCAUGGAUCAAAACAACAGUAUACCACCUUAUGCCCAGGGUCUAGCAUCCCCUCAGAGUGCAAUGACUCCUGGCAUUCCUAUUUUUAGUCCCAUGAUGCCAUAUGGCACAGGGCUCACACCGCAACCCGUUCAAACCACAAACAGCUUAUCUAUUCUGGAAGAACAGCAAAGGCAACAGCAACAGGCCGCAGCACAACAGUCCACAUCGCAGCCAACACAAGGGACCUCUGGUCAGACACCACAGCUUUUCCACUCACAGACACUUACCACUGCUCCUUUGCCAGGGAGCACAUCUCUUUAUCCCUCUCCAAUGACUCCCAUGACCCCAAUAACCCCUGCGACACCUGCUUCGGAAAGCUCUGGGAUUGUGCCACAGCUGCAGAAUAUUGUGUCUACGGUAAAUCUUGGCUGUAAACUUGACCUAAAAACCAUUGCCCUUCGUGCUCGAAAUGCUGAAUACAACCCCAAGCGUUUUGCUGCUGUAAUUAUGAGAAUAAGAGAACCACGUACGACAGCGCUCAUAUUCAGUUCUGGAAAGAUGGUGUGCACUGGGGCUAAGAGUGAGGAACAGUCCAGGCUGGCUGCCAGAAAGUAUGCAAGGGUUGUCCAGAAGUUAGGCUUUCCAGCCAAGUUUUUGGACUUUAAGAUCCAGAAUAUGGUGGGUAGCUGUGAUGUGAAAUUCCCUAUCCGACUUGAGGGAUUGGUUCUUACACAUCAGCAAUUUAGCAGCUAUGAACCUGAGUUGUUUCCCGGCUUAAUUUACAGAAUGAUCAAACCAAGAAUUGUCCUGCUUAUUUUUGUUUCUGGGAAAGUAGUUUUAACUGGUGCAAAAGUCAGAGCCGAAAUUUAUGAAGCGUUUGAAAACAUAUAUCCUAUUUUAAAGGGAUUCAGAAAAACAACGUAACAGUUCACUCUGCUUAUGCAAGAAGGUGGGGUACUCUUUGA